GACGACCUUCGACAACCCACACUCCACAUCCCUCCCACACGCGACCGCUCAAACCCUCCCAGCGAAGACCCGUUACCGUCGCUGCUGCCUUUCUCAUUUCUCCCACGCUCCGAGUCCAUAUCGCCGCAUCCAUGUGCCUCAUAAGCUCUGCGUCAUCCCCAUUUCCCCGCUGAGCUGCCCAAGACCGUCUCUCAACCCUACGACCUCCCCUUCCCUUUUCCCAGGCGUGUGUGCGCCACCCCGUCAAAAUGCCUUCCAUUCUCUCGGACGAGGAUAAGCAGACUGUGAAACGCACAGUGCCAAAGGCCUCGAACAAGAUCCACGCCGUCGCUGUCGCCAAGCUAUACAUUGCCUACCCCGACAGGCACCGAUGGACCUAUACGGGGCUCCAAGGCGCCGCGGUGCUAGCCAACGACCUGGUUGGGAACACUUUUUGGAUCAAGCUCGUUGAUAUCUCACCCACGAACCGAGGGGUUAUAUGGGACCAAGAGAUAUAUGACACUUUUUCGUACAACCAGGACCGUACCUUUUUCCAUACGUUCGAAUUGGAGGAUUGUCUUGCCGGCCUUUCCUUUAGCGACGAGAAGGAGGCGAAGACAUUCAUGAAGAAGAUGAACGAUCGUGAAAAGAAUGCGCACAAGGCGACAAGGAACAAACCUUUCAGCGCUCCUGCGGGCAGCACCUUAGGUCCGGUAGCCAAUGGCACUAGCCAUGGACACCACCACCAUCAUGGCCAUGGCCUCCUUGGAGGGCUCUUCGGUCACAAGCAUUCGACCCCUGCGCAGCAGCCCCAGUCGAUCAUUCCUCCAGCCGUUACCUCACCGUCGCAGGCCAGCCACUCCAAUGCUUCAAGCUCCAGAAACUCUGCCAUCGAUACCACGGACCCGUCAUGGCAGCCUUUAUUGAAGGAACUCUUGGCCAUGGGCAUCACAGAAGAUCAGAUUGAGGAAAAUGCUGAAUUUAUCAAGCUAUAUAUUGAACAACGGAAGAUUGAAGACAAGAUUGCAGAAGAGCGCAAGAUGAGGGCACCUCCACCGCCUCCCCCAAGCGCGCCGCCAGCAAAGGCUGCCACGAUUAGUCCCCAGAAUACGGGCUCAAGAAGAGGACCGCCCCCGGCCCCUCCGCCAGCUCGAAGGACAGGAGCACGCAACGAUCCCGUCACCAAUCGAACAUCAUCUUCCAGUCCUCAGCCGCCCUCGCCGAGGCAAGCUUCUCCUCCACCUCCGCCCGGUCCUCCUGCGCCCAAAUUCCGUGCACCACCUCCCAUCGCAGACGCAGGAAAGUUUGCCCAUGAGCCACCCGCGCCUCCAGGCAGACCCCGAGCUGCAUCGAAUAGCUUAGCCAAUGCGGGACCUCCACCUCCGCCUCGUCCGCCAAAGUCCCCCGUGGACGACGACGAUAGACCCACUACGAAGUUUGGUGUGCCUCCCCCCUUCACUGGCAGUAGAGUGCCAUCCGGCCCACCGCCGCCACCAGCUCGUGGCCCGGUGCCUCCUCCUCCACCUGCAAGAGAAACUCCCGCAAUCCAUGUGGCGGCUCCUCCAUUGCCCCCAAAGACUGCAGGUGGACCUCCUGCACCGCCGCCCCUGCCACCAUCAAGCUCCAGACCUGUACCCGCUGCACCAUCAGCCGCAGCACCUCCGCCUCCUCCGCCUCCCCCAUCUUCGCAUGCACCUCCGCCUCCACCGCUGCCCUCUGCACACGCGCCGCCUCCUCCUCCUCGUGCACCAGCAAGCCCUGUUCCACCCCCACCUCCCAUGCCAUCGAAAGCCGUGCCGCCUCCACCGCCUAUGCCGACGAGCGCCGUGCCUCCUCCACCCCCCAUGCCUCCUGGUUCUGGCCCACCACCACCCCCGCCUCUGCCUCCUACAUCGUCUGGGCCUCCUCCGCCGCCUCCAAUGCCACCGGGAGCUGGACCGCCACCUCCGCCAGGCGCCGCGCCCCUCCCCAAAGCUACUGGAGGAAGAGAAAACCUACUUGCCGAUAUCCGUGGCGGUGCAAAGCUGAAGAAGGUUUCCGACGCCGAAAAGCGAGAUCGAAGCGCAGCCAUGGUGCCGGGAGCAGAGCCAGCGGGCGGAGCUCCGGCAGCGAGCAGUGCAGCGCCCGGUCCCGAUGCUGGGUUAGCUGGAGCCCUGGCGAGUGCGCUCGCGGCGCGAAAGGCCAAAGUCAGUCACAGUGAUGAUGAAGACGACAAUGACGAUUGGUGAUUUACUGACCCUGCGCACCGUAUUUUUCCCAAAGCGGAGGAUAUCUGGUCAAUCAAAGUGCUGGGGACAUCGAUUUGAGUGCAGGACUGAGAUUGGUAGGGGUGACCUAGCGCCUUGGAGAACAGCAGAUUUAGUGACAAAGUAGUAUUGAUCGCAAAAUACAUUUUUAG